UUGAUGAGCCCAACUCCGAAAUCUGCUGGUAAUAUAUAGAGGCACUUUUGUGGUGGGAACUACUUUCUAGAUCUAGCUCGAGAGAACAUAUCAAACGUCAUCGUUACGUCACAUCACCAUGGUAACAAUGGUGAAACCUGUUGCCUGGAUAUGUUUCGGUCUAGCGCUGCUUCACCUGUCGUCUGCUCAGGAUCUAGCCGAAAUAAUCAGAACUGUAGCGGCCAUCGAUACAAAAUUUACAAACUUACUUAGAAGUCUUAAUAGGAGUGUGUCCAGUUGUUGCCAGUGUUCUAGCAGCAGUGGAUGCAGUGCUGACAAUGUCUACAGAAACGCUUGGAAACUAGCGUUCCGAGGUACAGCCGGAAUAAGGAAAUCGGUGCUCUCGGCUUACAAAGAUGGUCAGGGAAUUCCUGCAAGUGUGGAAUACGGAUGCAAACAGGUUGGUCAAAAUUUACCCUGCGCCAACCACUACAGAAACAACGCCAUCUUGGACAACUGGAAAGACAUCUCUCAAGUGGCGCUGGUGCUCUACAAAGAUAAUGUCAAAGUAAAACAAGUCAUCUUUGACGGUGCCGGCUCUAACUAUAUGAACUGGCUGACCAAGGCAAGAGUCCUCGACUCGUCGUGGAGUGACAUGAAAUCCCAAAUCGGAAAUAUAUUCAGCAUUGAAGGCGAUAUCAGACCAGAACUUAGAAGAGUCUUCUUGCUUAACAGUGUCUACGGCGGUUGUCCAAACGAUGUCGGCUGGUUCGUGGCUAUUGAUAAGGAAUCUGACGGCUGUGGUUGGGCAAAUAACCCAGCCUUUCCCGUCUUUAAAUACGCCAGGACUGAAGAUAGACAAAACUGGAACAGUGCCAAUAUUGGAAAUGCUGAUUAUUUCGCGAUAUUUGUCCGGGGCUACAAUCUUCCCUAAUUGAUUUGUUUCUGAUUUGUUUAUUUGUUUUAUCUAGUCACACGCUUCUAUAUUUUAAUAAAGAAUAAUUCAAAUU